AUGGGCUCGGUUGACAGCAAUAGGUUCGCCCCAAUCACGUUCGACUCAGCGCGCGCCUCCUGCUCCACAGCCGCCGACAACUGCUCCCCUCCCCCCACAUCUUCAGCUACCACGUUCAUGCCGAAAACUCACGCUCCUGUGCACCAGGAGUGUAGCGGUGCAAGGAGUUCUACCAGUGGCGACAAAGAGAGCAACGGCGUACGAAGCAGUACGACCAGUGGUGUUGGUAGCGGCAGCGACGCGGAUAGCAGCGUCGCGGGGAGCAGCGUGGUUGAAAGCACGAGGGGAGGGGAGGUAAAGAAGGAGACAAAAAUAGAUAAGAAACAACCUCCUCCCGUGCCGGCCAGAGUCACUGCUUGUAUAACGGAGGAGACGGUGACUCGCAAAGUGAAACGUCGUUCGCGGAGGUCGAGCUCGGCGCAACAAGCGCGGUGA